AUGAGUUGCUGGAGGAAGCCUGGAGACAAGGCGUGCCUUCGCACAGUGGGACGGGCCAACUGUUGUGGUCUGGCUGGAGUUCUGAGUCGGGAUGCCAGCCUGGUACGUGGCUGCUUGCGAGCCAACGUGAAGAGCGGCGUCAUCAUGCCUGCCCUGUUGGACACGGAGAUCCAGCGUGAGAUCGGCAUCAGCAACCCGCUGCACCUGCUGAAGCUGCGCUGGCGAUCCAGGAGAUCAUGUCCCUGACCGGCCCCUCCGCCCCUCCCACGUCCAGAACGGUGCACCUCCCUCCUUCCGUAGGGAGAGUUCGCGCCCCGUUUGUGUCGCUUCCGGGGUUCUCUAUACAGAUGUCCACUGUUCCAGCUUAAAUAAGGUUCUAGCAUUCAAAACCAUGACAGCUUUUCAU